CCUUGUUGCAUUCGGAAACGUCCCCUAUUCCAACACAACAGUGCGCCUAUUACAGACGUCAACGGACUGAACGCUCGACUGACCCGAGAGGAACGCCAAGCAAGCCACCAUUCGGAAUAUUUUUUCGAACCAUCUCUCCGGAUUACCUCUACCUUUUAUCUCUUUCAAACCCCGAAAAGAUGUCUACCAUGCUCUCGCACGCAGAAAUUGCACAGUUGAACCACGAUAACAGCCCCUGCAAACACGGCAGCUGUUAUCACGACUUGACUUGUGGACAUCGCAUUCGCAUCAAAAACAAGGUCGAAGUGCUUUGCGGUUGGAAUUGUGAGCAUCCCAAGAAUUCCAACAUGACAGUCUCUCACGCCUUUGUCUGCCCAGCCUGCGUGACUAAAGAGGUACAGGAGCAAAUCGAACACUGGGACAGAGUCCUCGGUGGACUGGACAUGACUCGCGAAGAGCGAGCAGCAUGCAUUGCUGCAGACAUCCUCGACCGCGAACAGUCCGAUGGUGGAAGAAUCACCUGUAGUGCGGUCACCAAAGCCGAGAGUGGCUACAUCCAAUACUUCGUGGACUUUUCUGAAGAAGUUGAUGCGGAGGACAGAGCUGCAGAAGAGAAGAAGGCGCAGCAACGGAAGCUGAGGCACCGAACAACGAGAUCUAAUGUACUUCCACCAGUACGCAUGGACGAUGAGGCUCGUACUGCUAAGAUACAACCUAUGCAGUCCCAAGACGCGGAGAUGGAAGAUGCCUUCGCGGCUGCAAUCAUGGAGGAGCUCGAUCGCGUCGAAGACUUUUCCUCCGAAGACGAGAACGAUGCUGUGGACGACGUCGAGAACAAGCGUCGUGUAAGGAGUGGACCCCCAGCUCCGAUUCACGAAGAUCAGCCCGAAGACGAGUAUACCCCUCGACCAGAGGACGAAGCGACAAAGGCCGUCCGCGAACUUCUCGAUUCGAUGCUUUUGAGUGACAGCAAUCCUGGGGAAUCUAAAGAGGUAACUUAUGUGGCCCGAAGAGUUGCGCGAAUGGAGAUAGUGGAUGAACUGGAAGACAUCGAGGAGUAUUCGGAUAUCCUAGACGAAGAUUCUGAGGAAGACGACCCUGAACCAGAAGACCCCUCCGAUGAAGAUUACAGGCCCGAGAUGGAUGACAACGAGUCUGAACUGGACGAGGACGACUUGGAGCUCCUGAGGCUGGAGCGAGACUAUGAUCUUCGUCAUCCACGGCGACCCGUAGGGAACAGGGAGGAUGAUGGGGAUGAAAUGGUGUGUUAGUGAGGUACACGCUCCUGAGUCUUACUAGCUCCUACUGUCAUUUUGGGUUUCAUUUGAUUUCUAAGAGCGUAUCUUGUAGGACCCUGGGCGGUUGCGUGUCUCGAUUGCGGC